GGGGGCCGGGCCGUGAGGGCUGCUUGAAACGCGACUGUAGUUGAUGGGAGGCGGACAGUGUAACUCGCUCUAGCUGAUUUUUUUCUCCCUUACACAGCAUGCAUGGCUUUUGUUUCUGAUGCAGAGAAAAGCACUUACCCUACACACUGUACUUGGGAGCCCUUUGUAAGUGCCCGAGCGCACAGUGUGGCACCCGGUCUGCGCUCUGCAGCUGCAUAGACUGUGCUCAGUGGCCCCCACGGCUAAACUGGUUUUUAUAACAGAAGGGGAGACUGAGAGACUGAUUACAGGGUACACAGUGGAGACUGGGCUACCAUCCGUGCUGUUUUAAACGCCAACAGAAGCUGGAAAUUAAACUUUUUUUUCUUUUUACGCAUCUAGCCCACUGAGGCUACUCUGGACUGAAGUGUUGCCGAGUUUACUGCGCAUCUCAGGAGUGAAUUAUUUCUUGCACUGGCUUUUACUCGGCUCAAACUGUGAAGAGGAGGAGAGAAAAGAGCUGAGUUUGCUUUAAUAGUGAAUCAGAGGAGCAAGGAGAGAGGGAGAGAAAGAGCAAGCACACCGCUCUCCCCCUCUGUCUGCACAGCUGGGCAGCAUGGUGCAGAAAAUGAGCCACACAGAGAGCACCACCGAGGCGCUGUCCUUCUUCGCCGGGGACUCGAGCUCCGACUCCGGGGCGUGCAUGGACCUUGAAACGGCCGCUUCGCCUCUCUCCCCGGGCUCCACCGCUUCUUCGACCGCCGGCGACAAGUUGGGAGACAACCCGGCGUGGUGUAAAACUCCCAGCGGUCACAUCAAGAGACCCAUGAACGCGUUCAUGGUGUGGUCCCAGAUAGAGAGGAGAAAAAUCAUGGAGCAGUCCCCGGACAUGCACAACGCCGAGAUCUCAAAGAGGCUGGGUAAGCGGUGGAAACUGCUCAGAGACAGCGACAAGAUCCCCUUCAUCAGAGAGGCGGAGCGGCUCAGGCUGAAGCACAUGGCGGACUAUCCCGACUACAAGUACCGGCCAAGAAAGAAGGUAAAAUCGAGCGCAUCCAAGCCCGCAGGAGAAAAGGGGGAAAAGCUCAACUGUAGCUCCAACAACACCAGCACUAAGACGUCCUCCUCUUCGAGGAAGAACGGAUCCAAAUCACCCAGCAGCAGCAGCAAACCCCACAAAUCACUUUUCGGGAGCAGCAGCAAUAGCACCAAAGCAUCAAUGUUUGCCUCUGAGCACCCAGCAGAGCACCACCACAACUCUCUCUACAAGUCCAAGUCCGUCUCCUCCUCAGUAGCCAAGCAGAUACCUGAUGGCAAGAAGCCCCGACGAGUGUACGUGUUGGGGAGCAGCGGGACUAGCUUGAGCGUGAGCCCGGCGUCUUCCGUCGUGGUCCCGGCCAGCCCGACGCUCAGCAGCUCGGCGGACUCCAGCGACCCGCUCAGCCUGUACGAGGACGCGGCCAGCGGCAGAGAGGAGGGUGCGGACUCCCCCGGCAGCAGCGGCAGCUUGGGCGGCUCUUCGGAGCGCCACGGUGGGCACACGUACAGCAGUCGGCGGGCUUCCUCGCCUACCCCCUCCGGCUCUCACUCCUCCGCCUCGUCGCACUCCUCCUCGUCCUCCUCGGAGGACGAAGAGUUCGAGGACGACUUGCUCGACAUCAACCCGAGCCCCAGCUUUGAUAGCAUGUCGCUGGGGAGCUUUGGCUCCUCGGUGCUGGACAGGGACUGGGAUUUGAACUUUGAGUCCGGCUCCGGAGGGUCCCACUUCGAAUUCCCCGACUACUGCACACCCGAAGUCAGCGAGAUGAUCUCCGGGGAUUGGCUAGAGUCCACCAUCUCCAACCUGGUGUUCACGUACUGAGAAAGGCAAGAGACGACCGGUAACAACCUGAAAGCAAAUUAAUAAUAAUAACGAGAAGAAGAAUGAAACCACAAACAGAAACGGGGACAUAAGUGGGCGCAAUAGUUUGUGUUAUAGGUUUAACUGCAUCAGACUAUUAAAGCCCCGCUGAAACUACCCCCCAGUCCUUUCUCGUCCCCCAAAAUAGGCAAGAGGCUGCAUAUCCUUGGAGAGCUAAACUUUAAAGCAAAUAAAUGCCUUUUCUAGGCUACUUUUCUUUGGAUGCGUCGACUGUGGGACUUAAUACCAACACGACAGUGAAGGGGGUGAAGAAGAAGAAGAAGAGGAAGUAGUACUGGAGACUGAAAACGCUCAGUCGUGGACUGUUUUGAACUGAACAACUUUACUGUGAUUGAUUUGCACGUCGUUCACUUAAUCAAUGUUGUUGACGAUUUAGCAAAAGAAAGAAAGGAAAAAAAAGAGACAUUUUGCAACUUUUUACCAAUCGCCAGGUGAACUUCACCACUAAAAAGGUACAGAAAUGGGACUGCCGUGCGACAUUUUUUGUUGUUGUGGUGUGUCACUAAAGAGGGAUUUAAAAAAAAAAAAGAAAAAAAAGUGAAACCAAGGUGGGUUGGAGUUUUUUUUAAAUUUUUUUUCUAAGUCGACUAUUUUCUCAAAAAGCAAAAGGAAAAAACACGUUAAGCAUGAUAGCCUACUUUGUUCCUAUCUUGUGCUGAGAUUUUCUGUGAGACUGUCGAGCAGUUUAAAAACUAGUAUUAGGGUUAUUUAAAUGGAUAGGUGGCGCUCGCUUCGGUUCUUCUCUUUAAAAGAAAGAAAGGAAAAAACGGACAUUGAAAUAAUCACCAGCUGUUGUAAUUUUUCAGACUUCAGGAUUCAAACGCAACUUCAAAUCUGUGCUGAACUUUAUACACAUGUUCUCUAUGAUUCAGGACCAAAAUUCUUUUAAUAUUUUCGAGAUUUUAACUAUAGAGAAAUCCUCAUCGGUUUCUCUCUCUUCUUUUCCCCUUUUCUCCUCCAUCCUUUGAGCUUUGUUUUGUACAUGUAUUCAGAUGCCAUUUUAUAUGGGAUGUUGUAUUUAUAUACUGGGCCAAGCAUUUUUGACUUGAUCAUUUUUUAAUUUCUUGUAUACAUGAUCUAGUCCUGUAUUAUUAUUAUUUUCUUACACGAUUGUUUGUCAGUAUGUCUGUGUCUGUCACAUUUCCUUCUCAGGCGAAGGGCUAGAGUUUAAAAAAACACACAACUUUUGAUUUCUUUUUUUAUAUUUAAAUGUACACACUUUUGGACACUUAAAAAGAGAGGAAACAGUUUGAUUAUUUUCUCAGUGUAUUUUUGUACAAAUCUAUAUAGAAAGUGGGGGAGUCAACAAUCGGUGUGUGUAGCCUACUAAUACAGCUGUAUUGGAUUUUCUAAUUUUUAAUACCACCGGCAGGCUGCUUUUCAUGCUGCCUUCAAGUGCUUACAGUAAGCUCGUGUGCUCUAAGGUUUUGUUGCCUGUCCAAACGUUUUCCCCACAUUUUUUCUUUCUUUUUUCUUUUUUUUCUUUCGCAAAAACAGGCAACAAAACAGACCUUUUAACCGCGGUGCCAAUUGUUUUUGAUUUUAGAAAUCAAAGGCACCAAACUACAUUUACCUACUGACGAAAUGAAGGAGCCCUCGUGGCUCAGGUGUGUAAUUCAUGUUUUACUUCAGUAAACAGGCAAACUUUGCGUGUCUUUUACCAGCAUAUGCUCUUAAGACUUCUCUGAUAUCCAGUCCCUAAAUAUUUCAAUAUCCUGUAUUGACCGUAGCCUGCAGGCAUGACAUGCUUAACUUCUAAGGAUUUAAUUGCGAUUUGCCCGACAGCACUUGAAAGCAGCAUCAGCCUUUGUAUCAGCCUACCUUCAACGUUUACAGUGCCAGACUGCAGGCUCCUUAAAGACACAGGAACGCAUUGUUUCUGCAGGCUAUUCCUGUGGGCCAUGUGGGUUUAAGAGCAUCACUAUCUUGAGCAGCCACUUUGCUUUUGCAUUUCCUGUCAAAUAUCUUGCCUGUGACAACAACAAGGAGAUUGUAGCUUUAAAUUUGACUUAUUUCUUGAUGUUUUCAUUAACUGAUGUCACAUUUGCCAAUCAACCACUGGAUUGAAAUAGCACUAGCGUUGCAGCAAGUAAACAACAAGGAUGAUAACAUCAAGCGUAUUCAAAUUUCAGACUUGAGUUCUGCAAACACCUACUUGUACUGCGUUUCUCAUUGUAUUUGAAUAUAUAAUCUUUUCUACUUGUGGGCUAACUAUUAGCUAAUAAUUGUUUUAGUAUCUUUAUGGCAUGGUGAAUAGCAUUUGUAUUUCAGAUUCAGGUUAUUAGCUGUUGUGUUUUUCAGAAAAAAAUGGAAAAAAAUGAGGAAAAGCGAUGAAACGUGAACUCGGUCUUUGUAUAUUUGACUGUAUCAUAAAGCAAAAAGAUUGUGUGUUUAUGUACGUUGUUGCUAUCGAGGACAGGCACUGUCUAGAGCUGCCAUCUUUUACACAUCAUUACCUACAUUCGAGGUGGUCAGUUCAGACUGUUUUUUUAUAUAUAAAUAUGAAAGCAUUUUUAAAUAUAUUAACUUUAUUUUUCAUCCAUCCUGUGCAAUAUGAUGUGUAGAAUUAUCAUUUAUUGUCUCUAAUCAUGCCAUAAACAAAAGUACCCACCCUCUUUUUGAGUCUCAGAGAAAAGGGGCGGGGACUCAUGCCAGCUAAAUUGUGUCCAUUCACUGCCUGUCAGAUUGUUGAUACAAACUUGUGUACAGAACUUUUUCAAGGAAGGAAAUAAAUAUCAGCUGGAACUGAAA